AUGGAGCAGCAGCAAUUGGCGCCCGAUGUCGUGAGCUACGGUGCGACGAUAAGCGCUUGUGAGAAGGGAGGGAAAUGGCAAGAAGCAUUGGGCCUCCUCGACUGGAUGCUCCAAAUCCGCUUGCUGCCAUCGGACAUUUGUCGCUUCAAUGCUGCAAUCAGCGCGUGUGAGAAGACUGGGCACUGGGAACAAGCUCUGGCAUUGCUGCGUGCGCUAAGGAACGCUGCGCCAAGUGCAGAGGUCAUCACAUUCAAUGCGGCCAUCAGUGCGUGCGAGAAGCUAGUGCUGCAUCAGCCCAGUCCAGUAUGGUGA